AUGAGCAAGAUUAUCUUGGCUGUCAAUGCCGGCUCCUCGUCGGUCAAGGUGUCGGUGUACAGCGCCGAGAAGGGGCAAUCUCCCACACAGUUGGCACAGGCCCAAGUCAGCGGCUUGACAGCACCUCCGGCAACGCUCAGGUACGAGCGCGGCAACGAAACGGUUAUCGAGAAGCAAGAGGUGGACGACAAGGUCAACGGACAGCGAGAUGCUUUCAGUCACAUUCUGGAUACGCUCGUCGGGGACCACGACCUGCCCAACAUCAAGAACAAGGAUGAUAUUGGCAUCAUCUGCCAUCGCAUCGUCCAUGGCGGCGACUACGCCAAACCGCAGCUGAUAUCUGACGGCACAAUGCACCACCUGGAAGACCUGAAUGACCUAGCGCCCUUACACAAUGCCAACAGCCUGGGCAUCGUGCACCUGUGCAUCCAAGAGCUGCCCGCCGCGCGCAACGUCGCCUGCUUCGACAGCCAGUUCCACUCCACCAUCCCCGAGCACAUCCGUACGUACCCCAUCAACCAGGACAUCGCGCGCAAAAACCGCCUGCGCAAGUACGGCUUCCACGGCAUCAGCUACUCCUUCAUUACGCGCGCGACAGCCGGGUUCUUGGGCAAAAAACCCGACGACCUCACAAUCAUCGCGCUCCACCUGGGCUCCGGCGCCAGCGUGUGCGCCAUCCGCGGCGGCAAGAGCUGGGAUACCAGCAUGGGCCUAACGCCGCUCGCGGGCCUGCCGGGCGCCACACGCAGCGGCAGCGUCGACCCCAGCCUCGUCUUUCACUACGCGAGCGACGUCGGCCGUCUCUCGCCCGCCUCGACCAAAGAGCUCCACAUCUCGCGCGCCAAGGAGAUACUCAACAAGGAGGCCGGCUGGAAGGCGCUCACGGGAACCACCAACUUUGGCGCCAUCGCCGCUGCCAAGGGUUCAACCACCUCAAACGACAACGACGAAGACAAGAAGAAGAUGCGCCUGGCAUUCGACUUGUUCGUUGACCGCAUAUGCGGCUUCGUCGGCUCGUAUUUUGUCAAGCUACGCGGCCAGGUCGACGCGCUGGUUUUUGCCGGCGGCAUUGGUGAGAAGAGCGACCUGCUAAGGGCGGCCGUUGUCGAGCAGGUUAAGUGCCUUGGUUUCGCGCUGGACGACGAGGCUAACAAGGCCAAGAUCGAGGCGGUGGUGCAGGACGUCGGGAAGGAAGGGGUUUUGCCGAAGGUGCUGGUCUGCCAGACGGACGAGCAGUUUGAGAUGGCGAGAACUUGUGCCGAGUCUGAGGAGUUCUGGUGA